AUAACGCUUGCGAUUUCAACGAUUUCAUACAACUCUGACAAUAACAGGGUUCGGAAUUUCGAAUUAUUUUUCCGGUAAUUUCUGCGGUGUAGCAUUAUCCGGCUUUCCCGUCGGGUGACGAGCUACAGACAUGGGAUUUUCAUUGUGGACCCUGCUCGAGGCUUCGCUAUUGUGUCUGAACGCCAUAUGCAUCCUGAACGAAGACAGAGUUCUGGCCAAGUAUGGCUGGUCCACGGUAAACCGAGAGUUUGAGGAUUCCCCGUCCACAAAAACACAGAUACUGGCACUAAUGAAGUCUAUUCGUACAGUCGUUAAAUAUCCUCUCAUAAUUUUCAACCUGCUGAUCAUACUUGUCAAGAGUCUCACAGGAUAAUAAAAAUUUAAUUCGUUUACAAUGAAAUUAUGUUGUUUAUAUUUCGUGUAACUUGUUAUUUGUAAAAUUAAUAUUCUAAGUAUUACACUUAUUUAUAUAUUUUAUAUUUGUAUGUGUAUGUUGUACAAUGUGCGUAUCAAAGCAUUUACCAUCUUAUCAUAAAUAAAUUAUUACUUUGCUAAAAAAAAAAAAA